AUGAAGUCUACUCUCUUCUUCACAAGCUUCUUGGCUUGUUCUCUCGUUUCUGCCCUCCCCACUGUCUCUUCCGGAAACCAAUGUUCAGUUCAGCAGGUCAAGAACUCCAACUUCAAGAGAGACGGCACCCGCGCUCUCAUCAAGGCAUACAGAAAGUAUGGCAUCACACUCCCUGAAAACCUCGCUGCUGCUGCAAAGGGGAUCCACGGCCGCAGCGACACCGGCAGUGCUGUAACUGUGCCCGUCCAAAACGACGCCGAGUGGUUGACUCCGGUUCAAAUUGGGUCUCCUCCCAAGACUUUCCAGAUGGACUUUGACACUGGAUCUUCGGAUCUUUGGGUUUAUGGUCCUCAAGCUGCGGCUGCUGGAGGUGGUCAGACUCAAUAUGUCGCGGCUGAAAGCAACUCGUCAAAGCAGUUAGAUGGUGCGUCAUUCCAGAUCCAAUACGGAGAUGGAAGCGCUGCUGCUGGUCACGUUGUAAUGGACACUGUCUCUAUCGGUGGUCUCGCCGUGCAGAAUCAGGCUGUUGAAGUUGCGGAUGAAGUUACCCAAUCCUUCCUUCAGCAACAGGACCUCGAUGGUCUUGUCGGCUUGGGCUUUAGUUCCAUCAACACUGUCCAACCAGAGAAGCAGAAGACCUUCUUUGCUGGCACAAACGCUCAGCAUGGAAAUACACUCUUCACUGCAGACCUACAGCAGGACGCGCCUGGCAAGUACAACUUUGGCUUCAUCGACAAGUCGGCUUUUACCGGCGACAUCGCCUUUACCGAUAUCGACUCCUCCUCUGGUCUGUGGACAUUCACUUCGACUGGCUUCUCUGUCGGAAAAGAUGCACUUUCUCAGACACCUCUGACUGGCAUCGCUGAUACUGGAACUUCGCUUCUUCUGCUGCCCGGAGAAGUCAACGAGGCUUACUACUCCCAAGUCAAAGGAGCCCAGUUGGACCAGGCCGCAGGUGGCUUUACUUUCCCCUGUGACUCAGACCUCCCCGACUUUUCCUUUGGCGUCGGAAAAGCAGCCAUAACCAUCCCCGGCGCCUUCAUCAACUUUGCCCCCAUCCCAGGAAGUGCAAGCCAGGGUCAAGGUCUCAACAAGAGGAGGUAUGGACAGAGGUUUGAAGGACUCAAGGCUCAGGCAGCUGGACAGGGAUCUGGCAUGUGCUUUGGUGGUCUCCAGUCGAGUGAUUCUGCUGGUAUCAACAUUUUUGGGGAUAUUGCGCUAAAGGCUGCUUUCGUUGUCUUUGACGGAGGAAAUUCGCGGAUAGGAUUUGCUAAGAAGCCACUCCCAGCUGCUUCGAAAUAG